AGAGAGAGAGAGAGAGAGAGAGAGAGAGGGGGGAGAGAUACUGUUACAGAGAUGUGCUACCAUUUUCAGCUGUGAUCACCAUGGACAGCAUCGGGGUAGGGGUGACCACAAUGUUCAAAGCGGCCAACUCGAGAGGGAUGAGUUACCAUGUGUUCAUCGUCUACGCUUAUGGCCUCGCUGCUCUUCUUCUUCUUCCUGCUCCAUUCUUCACUCACAAAUCGAGAGCGCUUCCUCAUCUCAGCUUGCCCAUAGCUGCCAAACUUGGCCUUCUUGGACUUGUAGGGUAUGUACAGUUCAAAAAACUACGUGUUUUUCAGGAUGUGCGACCGUGCAUCUAUCACUGGCGUCGGCCCCACCAGGGGAUGCCGGUCAUUGGAUAUGUAUCUGAUCCCACCCCGCCCAAUGUCUGGGCUGUUGCGCUAGCCAGCAGAGAAGGAUCACAAUUCUUGGAAUUG